UGCGUGCUGGACCACUUCUGACUCACCAUUACAAGCUUGUCAUCUUUGCGCCUCCUUGACAUUUUCUGCUUGCCCAGCGAGUGGCUACUUUGCACCGCCGAAAAGGUAAAGACGAUUUGCAUUUGAUGGGGGGGUAGAAAAAAAGAAAAAAAGAGGGCAUGCACUGUGAUGUCAUUCCAUUUUUUGGUCAGAUAUUACAAAACGAGUUCAAUGAUCCCAUAACAAGUUGCAAUUCUAGUUCAGUAUAGAAAGAUUUCAAAAAUGCUUAAGGGUUAGGGUUCUACCUACUAGAUGGCUGUCUGCAGCAUAUAUAUAUAUUAAAAAAAAAAACUUAUUAUUAUUGCAUGCGAGCACAGUUUAAGACGGAUUCUCGCCAUUGAGAUCAAAGCAAAUAAGAAGCGUGGUGAGGCAAGGCGGGGAAGGGAACCAUGUCCCGGCUGUACUACAAGAAGACGGGCAGCCCCUCCUACAGCGAUCGCAUCCCCCUGCGCAUCGUGCGGGCCGAGCCGGAGCUCUCGGCCCUGGAGCGGGCCUACCUGGGGGCGGUGGGCAAGGGCGACUACGCCACGGUGAAGGAGGCCCUGGAGGAGGCCGAGAUCUACUUCCGCAUCAAUAUCGACUGCGUGGACUCGCUGGGGCGCACGGCGCUGCUCAUCGCCAUCGAGAACGAGAACCUGGAGAUCGUGGACCUGCUGCUCAGCUAUAAUGUGCACGUGGGCGACGCCCUGCUGCACGCCAUCCGCAAGCAGGUGGUGGGCGCCGUGGAUCUGCUGCUCAACCACAAGAAGCCCAGCGGCGAGAAACAGAAGCUCCCGCCCAUCCUGCAGGACAAGCAGUUUUGGGGCUUCACCCCGGACAUCACUCCCAUCAUCCUGGCGGCGCACACCAACAACUACGAGAUCAUCAAGCUGCUGGUGCAGCGAGGCGUGUCCAUCCCGCAGCCGCACGCCGUGCUGUGCGACUGCCCGGAGUGCGUGUCCAGCUCGGACGUGGACGGCCUGCGCCACUCGCACUGCCGCCUCAACAUCUACAAGGCGCUGGCCAGCCCCUCGCUCAUCGCCUUGUCCAGCGAGGACCCUUUCCUCACCGCCUUCCAGCUCAGCUGGGAGCUGAAGGAGCUCAGCAGGGUGGAGAACGAGUUCAAGGCCGAGUACGAGGCGCUGUCGCGUACCUGCAAACAAUUCGCCAAGGACCUCCUGGACCAGACCAGGAGCUCCAAGGAGCUGGAAAUCAUCCUCAACUACCGCGACGACAUCAACCCGCUGCUGGAUGAGAACACCAACGAUCUGGCCCGGGUCAAGUUGGCCAUCAAGUACUGUCAGAAGGAGUUUGUGGCCCAGCCCAACUGUCAACAGCUGCUGGCGUCGCGCUGGUACGAUCAGAUCCCGGGGUGGAGAAGACGGCACUGGGCGGUCAAACUGGUCACGUGUAUCCUCAUCGGGCUCCUCUUCCCAGUCUUGUCCAUCUUUUACUUGGUCUCGCCCAAGAGCCGCUACGGCCUGUUCAUCCGCAAGCCCUUCAUCAAGUUCAUCUGUCACGCCGCUUCCUAUUUAACGUUCCUGUUCCUGCUCUUCUUGGCCUCGCAGCACAUCGAAGCCCCGCAGCGGGACAUUCAGGGCCCGGCACCCACCGCGGUGGAAUGGAUGAUCCUACCCUGGGUCAUCGGUUUCAUCUGGACAGAGAUCAAGCAGAUGUGGGAUAGCGGUUUCCAAGACUACAUGGAUGACUGGUGGAACAUCAUGGACUUCAUUAUGAACGCGUUGUACCUUGCAACCAUUUCCCUCAAGAUUGUUGCCUAUGCAAAGUACAGCGGGCGCAAACCCCGAUGCAGCUGGGAAAUGUGGCACCCCACUCUGAUUGCCGAGGCGCUGUUCGCCAUCGCCAACAUCUUCAGUUCCCUGCGCCUCAUCUGCCUUUUCACCGCCAACUCCCACCUGGGCCCGCUGCAGAUCUCACUGGGCCGCAUGCUCCUCGACAUCCUCAAGUUCCUCUUCAUCUACUGUCUGGUGCUGCUGGCCUUCGCCAACGGCCUCAACCAGCUCUACUACUACUACGGAACCGACGUGGGCGACAACUGCAAGGGAAUCCGCUGCAUGCAGCAGAACAACGCCUUCUCCACGUUAUUCGAGGCGCUGCAGUCGUUAUUCUGGUCCGUCUUUGGCCUCAUUUCCCUCUACGUGACACGAGUGAAGCCGCCCCACGAAUUUACCGAGUUUGUCGGAACCACCAUGUUCGGCACGUACAACAUCAUCUCCCUGGUGGUGCUGCUGAACAUGCUCAUCGCCAUGAUGAACAACUCGUACCAGCACAUUGCGGAUCACGCGGAUAUCGAGUGGAAAUUUGCAAGAACUAAAUUAUGGAUGAGCUACUUUGAAGAGGGAGGAACGUUGCCGUCGCCGUUCAACAUCAUACCCAGUCCCAAGUCGUUUUAUUAUCUGACGGGAUGGAUACGAGCGCGUCUGUUUCACGUGCCCAGCAUAAAAAGACUUGAAACUUUUGAAAGUUUAGGGAGGCGAGCGGCAGACAAUGUGCGACUAAACCACGAGUAUCAGGAGGUUUUGAGGAAUCUCAUCAAGAGGUACGUGGCGGCAAUGAUCCGAGAUGCCAAGACGGAGAAUGGUUUGACCGAAGAAAACUUCAAGGAGCUCAAGCAGGACAUCUCCAGCUUCCGCUACGAGGUGCUGGGAAUGAUGCGGGGCAAAUGGCAAAGAGGCUCCAGAGUGGCCAGCUCCCCUUUCGCUUACCCGGGAAACUCCUUCAAGUAUUCCCCCAAGUACUUCACGGAAGAGUCGUCGCAGCAGAGGCUGGAGGUGUUUGAGCUGAGCGGCCGCGGGCCCGGCCCGGGCGACGGCGCCACCGCCGUCAGCCCCGAGCAGACGCACGCCAGGCGGGCCUCUCUGAACCGCUCCGAGAUGGGCUCAAAGUGUUCCGACAGCGCCGAAAAGCAGCAGCUGAAAAGUCCCAGGGUGAUAGUGCAAGUGGCACGGGAGUUGGAGAAGGACUCUCAAGAGAAAGACCUUUCCUGAGAGCUGCAACCUGCUGGACGUUGAUGACCUCAACAAUGUUCACUCGCGGCCACAUAGUAUACGGGAAGAGAUUUGGUUUGAUCCCCCGCUUUGCGAUAACGUACGGAAUGAAGACGCUUUCCCGGCCGGCCGUGUUCUUGUUAGCUCGUGCGCUACAUGAAAAAGUGCUGACGUGUGGAAAGUGAAGAAACAAGAAAGUAUUAAAUGUGUCAACUAAGUUGAUUUCUCCUCCUCAAACUGUCUCUGUUUUUUUAAAAAGUAACAAAUCAUACAAAGCGUCGACUGCGGACCUCAUGUUGAGGGGACAGUAAAUUAUUCGUUACUUUCAUAAAUGAAGCGGUUUCAAUUUUGUUCUAAUUAUAUAGUGCCGCAUGCCACGCGACUAAAUUAUUCUGACACAUCUUUGUAACUUCUUCUCAACGAUGGGAUACGAGGAAAUGCAACUCCUGGAAAGUUUGCUGCCCAAAUUGACAUGUUGGCUUUUAUCAUUAUUUCUGAUGGACGCUCCAAAAAGAAAUAAUUUCACUUG